UAUCUCACCUCUAACGCUGAACGGAACGAACGAACGGUUUCGUCGUCGCGCGCGUGUGUGGUGUGUCUGUGUGUACUGAAAAAAAAAACAUUUUUGGGGCCGCAGCAUAACGGAGGAAAAGUUCGUGUAAUUAUUAUACAAUACUCGUAUUUGUUCUCGCAGCAAGUCGAAUAAGCUAAAUUGUGCUAUCUAACCACAAAAAUACGAAAAAGUUAGCUGAAUUACCGCCUAGCAACGAAAAUCAUAAAUAGUAUAUAAUAUGUAUAAGAAAAGUCAACAACAAGGUUAAAUAUAGUGCUUAAACAGUGAACACUGCGGUUUCAAACGUCUUUUUUGCAUGUCUUCCUCUUCUCCGUGUUUUUUAACCAUCAAAACCGACAACAGCAAUAAUAACAACACCAACGAAUGGAUUGAAAUACAAAAACAAGAACUUUUGAGAGCGUGAGAGAGCGCGACAGAAGAAGACAAAAAGAGAGGCGUCGGCUAACAGCUUAUCAUUUGACAAAGCACAAGCAAGAAGCAGAAACAUCAGAAGGAGGGAAGGAAAACCAAAACGCUGAUUGCGCUGAAAUACUCAAACUAUAAAAAACACAUUCAAAAACUGUACAUAAACAAACUUCAAGUGUUGCAAAACCUUCUUGAAGGGAGCUAACACACAGUACACUUAACAACACUGAAUCGAGGCGCGCGUGCAAUAUGCGUAACGGUAUUCGGGAACGCGCGCGUGCCACGGAACGCACUGUAUUGAAACGAGACGCGUGGAAUCUAUAAUGCAACAACAAGAACAACCACAAGAAAUAUACCAGCAGCCAGAAGGAGCAGAAGACGAAAACAGAACAAUAGCAAGAAAGAAGAGGAACAUUUGGAAAAUGUUGUUGUUGCCGUACACUGAAGAAAAUGCAUCGUUUUCUUAACAUCCAGCAAAAUAUCAAAUUACGCAACUAUCAUCAGUUACUUUUGUAUUUUGUCGCUGCUGCUGGAGGACGGGCGGAAGUGAGAGGAAGAGCAAGAGGCAAGGGAACCGGAACCGGAAGAAGAAGCGGUCGCAACGGAAGUAGUAGUAGAAGAAGAGGAAGCAGAACGGCAGCAGCAGCAAAAACAGCAACAGUAACGUUAAAAGCAAACGCAACGUAACGUAACGCAACGCAACGCCAAGCGACGUGAAGAGUAGUUGAAGCAUAAUACUAUUAAUAUUGUUAGCCCAAUACAUUAACCCAACGCUGCCACUGUUCCUAAGACAUCAUCAUCCACAAUAACAACAAGAAACGGAAGAAGAAGAAACCAUUUAAAAUAAGCGUAGUCCGUAGCCGUAACCGUAAACCGUAACGUAAACGCAAAAAGAAAAGAAAAACAAACUACAGAAACACAAACCCUAUGCCAAUUUUGAUCAUCGAAUCGUUUUGCACGUAACAUAAACUCACUCCCAUAAGCGAUCCAUCAACGAGAAAACCUAAAGCAACAAAAAGCAAAAGUUGUUUUAGAUCCCAAAAUCCCAGAAACCAAAAACCGAUCUCGCCCCUUGCCACGCACACCAAAAAAUACCACACACACACAUAAAAUAAAAACAACAACAAAAUAGAAACACAAAAUAAAAGGCUGGCCAAGGAAAGCGGAAAAAUAUGGCCACACCUCAAGUCAAGGACUUGGUGUUGCGCUCGCCCGCUGGCUCCUCCGAUGUCAUUUCCUUCGCCUGGCCCCUGCAGAUCGGACAUGGACAAGAUAAACACGAUAAUGGCAUCGACAUUAUCGAUACCAUCAAGUUUGUCUGCGAUGAACUGCCAUCGAUGUCAUCGGCCUUCGAGGAGACCAAUCUCAAUCAAAUUGACACUGCCUGCUAUAAGACUAUGACCGGACUGGUCGACCGCUUCAAUAAGGCCGUCGACAGUAUCGUUGCGUUGGAAAAAGGAACUUCACUGCCCGCCGAGCGCCUGAACAAGUUCGCUCAUCCUAGCCUUCUAAGACAUAUUUUGCAAUUAGUUUACAAUGCUGCCGUACUCGAUCCGGAUAAGCUCAACCAGUAUGAGCCCUUUUCGCCGGAGGUUUAUGGCGAGACGAGCUACGAGCUGGUGCAGCAAAUGCUCAAGCACGUCACCGUCGGCAAGGAGGACACGUUCAUUGAUCUUGGCUCAGGAGUGGGCCAGGUUGUCCUCCAGAUGGCCGGAUCCUUUCCCCUAAAAACCUGCAUUGGCAUUGAGAAGGCAGAUACGCCGGCGCGUUAUGCGGAGCGCAUGGAUGUGUUCUUUCGCCAGUAUAUGGGUUGGUUUGGGAAGCGCUAUUGCGAAUACAAGCUAAUCAAGGGCGAUUUCCUGGUGGACGAACAUCGGGAGAAGAUCACCUCCUCGACGCUGGUAUUUGUAAAUAAUUUUGCCUUUGGGCCGACGGUGGAUCACCAGUUGAAGGAGAGAUUUGCGGAUCUGAGAGAUGGAGCGAGAGUUGUUUCCUCCAAAUCGUUUUGUCCACUAAACUUUCGGAUUACAGACAGAAACCUCAGCGACAUCGGCACUAUUAUGCACGUAAGCGAGAUUCCGCCCCUCAAGGGCUCUGUGUCCUGGACCUGCAAGCCCGUUUCGUAUUAUCUGCAUGUGAUCGAUCGCACUAUACUGGAGCGAUACUUUCAACGCCUGAAAACGAAAGGCGGUAAUGAUCACGACAGUGUUGGAACUGUGCGCACCACUCGCGAUCGUGCCAAGCGUGAGGCAAACGUUGGCCAGCACCACCAUCACAAUAACAACCAUCAUAAUAACAUCAACAAUCACGCCAAUAACAACCAUCAGCGGGAGCGGGAGCAGUCGAACGGAUCCAUUAACACCGCUGGCCAACAGCAGCAGCAACAGCGCCAUCAAUCGCAGUCGCCGGCCAAUGUCAGCGGCGGUGGGGGACUAACGGUUGCCAUUGGGCAUCCAGCAGCAGCCUCCAAGACACGCCAGCAACAGCAGCAGCAACAACGCAGCCUCGACAUGGAGAGCAGCACUGAGAGCGAUGGUGAGGCGACGAAUGGCAAUGGCGGCAACACCACCACGGCCACCAAUACCACAUCAGCCUCGAAUGGUCCCAUGACCAGGAAGGUGUGGUCCGAUUGGUGCAGUUCCAAGGGCAAGAGUUCGCAGUCGGAUGACGAGGAGAAUAACAACUCCAAUAGCAAUGGAGGCAGUAAUGGUGGUGGGACUGCUGGCCCCGGAGCCGGAGGAGCUGUUGGCCGUCAGGCUCGUGCUGCCACCCAAAAGAAGCGCAAAAAGCUCACCAGGAAGGCGGCGAUAGCUAGUAAAUCGGCAGCAGCUGCUCAAAGGGAAGCAGAGGCAGCGGCUGCGGCGGCGGCGGCCUCGGCAGCGAUGGCCAGCAAGGACUCCAGCUCCAAGGAGGAUCAGCCAAGGGCCGCCAGUGCGGGACCCGGUCGCAAGGGGCGCUUGAAGAAGGGAGCCCGGGGCAGGAAAUCCCUGAAGAUUGUUGGUCUCGAGGCGCUGCAUACGCAAACGGUCUUGAGUACGUCCCUGGAUGCCAUGACCAAGAAGCUGCCAGCAGCGCCAGGAACAGUGGAUCAACAGCUGACGGCCCUGCUCACCGAGAAUAUGGCGCACACGGAGCUGGAUAUACCGACGGCGCCACAGGACACACCAUAUGCCCUGCAAAUCCUGCUGGAUGUGUUCCGCUCGCAGUAUAUGACGAUGAUUGAGCAGAUGAAGUCCAGUGCCUAUGUGCCGCAGGUCCAGAAGCAGAUUGCCCAGGAGCAGGAGAGGAUGGCGCGGCUAAAGAAUCGAGCCAAUCAGCUGGACAAGCAGAUCAAGGUGCUGAUCAACGACAGUGUGGCCUUGCUCAAGGUGCGAAUGAACGAGCUUGGCAUCCAUGGGAACUCCUCGAACGAUCUCAUUGCCCAGGCCAAGGAGAUUGUGCACAGGCACAAGGAUCUCCAGCACACUGUCAACCGGAUGCGGAACGAGGUUACCUUCUACGAGGGCGAGCAGAAGCAUCUGCUGAAGAACCAGUUGAAGAAUCUACCCGAAUACCAGAAACUCUGCGGCGGUGUUAAUGGCAAGGUGAAGCUGGAAGUGCCACCGGAACUGUCUGAGACGACGGCCCAGGAGCUGGUGCUCAAGGAAAUUGCCAAUACGCUUAGCCAGCGAAAGAAGCUCUACGCCCAGGUGUCCACCAUUGAGCAGGAGACGACGGCUUUGCAGAAAACGGCCGAGGAGCGGUCCACAGCAGCCACGCUUCUGGCGCAGGGUACCAACAUGAUGACCGUGCCCACCACAGCAGCCUCCGCCUCGUCUUCGUCGUCCUCCUCCUCGUCAACGUCCUCCUCCACUACCACAUCCACCCCACUUUCGAAUCCAAUAACCGUGCCAACAAAUAAUAAAAUAAAUAAUGUAAAGAACUCCCGACGCAGUCGCGAGCACCGAGCCCGCUCCCAGGAGUGGCCAGAGGUGCCCGAGGUGGGCAAGAUCCAGGAAAGCAAUCCCGAGGUGCUUGCCCAGAAGAUCGUGGAAACCUGCCGUCAAAUCGAGGCGGGCAAGUUCCAGGGAGGAGCAGCUGUGCCCGCUUACCAGGUGAAUGGCAAGAAUAAGGUAAUUCUGGAGGCACAAUCACAACCACCGCAGGCGCCGCCAGCUGCUCCAGCAAUGAGCAUCAAAUCUUCACCUGGCCACCACUACAAGGACAGCACACUGAUGCCCGCUCCCAAGCAGCAGCAGCAACAGGUGACGACGCCCUCUUCCCUGCUGCCCAAGUGUGAGUUGCCGGGUCUGUCAGCUGGAAGUAGGAAGCAGGAAUCACCCAAGGUGGCCAACUUUGAGGAUCGGCUGAAGAGUAUCAUCACCACGGCCUUAAACGAGGAUCAGGAGCAGCGCAGCAAGGCGGUAGAUCCUAUACCAUCGCCCUCUCCGCUUCACAGUCCAGCGCCCAAGCGUUCCAAGCAGCAGCAGCCGGGCGGUGGAGCCUUGAAUCCCACCCAGUCGCUGCACAACAUCAUCACGGUGUCGACGCAAGGCCUGAUGCAUCUGAAUGCCAACACAACUAUAUCCCCGAUAACGCCACCUUUGCCGGGUCCGGGAGCUGGAGCCACAGCCUCUACGGCGCCGCCACCGCCAGCGAAUCUUCCCUACGGAGCCUACGGUGGGGCAGUGGGCAAGGUUCCGGGAUCAAGCAAGUAUCAGCAGGCAGCCAAGGAGCCCAAGUAUGCGCCACCACCGCCGCCGCCGCCGCCAUCAUCCCACAUGGCAGCCCUGUACUCGGCGGGACAGCAGCAGACGUCGACUCCAGCGGACUUGGCCUACCAGCAGAGGAGACGCAGCUCCGUCAGCGCAAGCAGCUAUGAGCACUUUAUGGUGCAGCAGCAGCAGCACCAACAGCAGCAUGCCCUAAUGCUGGCGGCAGCCGCUCAUGCUGCACAGCGUCAACAGAUGCGCGUCGAGGAACAGCAACAGCAACAGCAUCAUCAUCAACAGCAGCAGCAACAGCAUCAUCACCAUCACCAGCAGCAGCAGCAGCACCUUCAGCAACAUCGCCUGCAGCAUCAGCACCUUCAACACCACCAUCAUCACCAUCCCAAUGAGUUCAAGGCUCCGCCAGCUGAUAACCUUCUUCUGCAGCGUUCCAGUAGCCGGGAGCAGUUGAUAGUAGAGCCACAGCAACAGCAACAACCACUGGAGCUGUUGCCUCGGGCCAGUUCCGCCAACUCUGACUAUGGUGGCUAUCGCAUCCGUCCGCCCAGCAGGCCCAGCUCCAACUCUUCGCAACCGGAUUACACUCAGGUUUCGCCCGCUAAGAUGGCCCUGCGCCGGCAUUUGUCACAGGAGAAGCUUAGCCAGCAUGCAACGCCGCAGGCCACGCCACCACCACCGCCGCCGGGACAGGGAGGUGUCACCACAGCUGGCACCUCGGGAAAAACUAUUGGGGAUCUGGUUAAUGGGGAGAUUGAACGCACCCUGGAGAUCUCACAUCAGAGCAUCAUCAAUGCAGCUGUGAACAUGAGCACCGGCGGUGCCCAUUUCAUGGAGCGAACCACCUUCCUCAACGAUAGAUCCAACGAUCAACGGCUGCUCAUCAAUCUGAAUGCCCAGCGACCGGAGCGUGUUCAUGUACGUCCGCUCUCCGACGAGUCCCAGGAGCCGCAUCCCACCAGCUAUGCCCAGGAGAGGGGAGCAGGUCCUCAGGCGGCGUCUGGAGGAAACAGCAAUCUGGCCACUCUGGCCCAUGUGGCCUAUGUCCAAAAGGCGCAGGCAGGCGGAGGUCGAGCGAACGUGGGUACAGCGCCGCCUCCAGCCAGCAGCCACUCCUCGUCUGCUCGUUCGGGAAGGGACUAUCAGCCGGUGGCCCUGCCACGCGCAGAGCUCAAGGGUAGCAUCGAGGCCUACUUCCACGAGGAGCAGCAGCAGCAGCAGCAGAAGCAGUCAAAGGGCUCAGGAUCAACAGGAGCGGCCGCCUUGCGGGGAACGCGACUCAACGGAGCCAAUCCGCCUUUGGAGGGUCUAGCUGCUUCACUGCAGGAUCACGUUCGUGCGCGGAAGUACAAGGAGGAGACCGAGGAGCGUCAACGCCGGGCGGCAGCCGCCGCUUCGUCAUCGUCUUCUGCGGGAGUACCGCCCUCUGGCUUGGAAAUGGCAGCUCACUAUGCCCACCAGGCGCCGCCAGCCCAUAGCUACCACCAUCAUCAUCAUCACCAUGGCGCCAGUCUUAAUGGAACACCGCACAAAGUAGAGCUUGGAGUAAAACGAAGCUCGCCGCUGGCACCGCACCAGCAACCGCCGCGUCCCUCAAAGCUGGCACACUAUGAGCCACCGCCACCGCAGCACCAUCAAGCCCAUUUGUAUGCCAACGGACAAGUGUUGCCGCCGCCGCCACCAGCUCAUGAUGCCACCACGCCCUCACCGACGCCCUCUUCAUCAUCGUCGUCCUGCGGUAGGCGCAGCAAUAGCAAUAACAAUGGCAAGAUGCUGGUGGAUCCUCCUUUGCUGAUGAGCCCCGAGAUCAACUCACUGAUGGGCGAUGAGCGACCACUGCAGCUGUCGCAUCACUCACAGCAGCAGCAGCAGCAGCAGAUGCUUCAUCACCACCAAUCGCAGCAGCAGCAGCACCACCAGCAACAGUUGCAGCAGCUCAGGGUGCCACAUCUUGGACAUGGUCAUGGUCAUGGUCACAGCACCACCCCCACCUUGGGCGGACAGCGUAGCAAUGCCAAUGCCGCCGACGAUGAUGAUGUUAUAGCCGCCGAUGACGAGUCCCACUGGCAGCAUCGAGUCAGCUCUGGCUUCGAUCGCUUGGUGGCCUUCGCCAGCACUGAACUGGAUAAGACGCGGCGCAGCAUCGAUGGCAUCGACACGGUGCCAGCCUCAAUCAGUUGCAACACCUCGCCGGACUCGGGCAUAACGCACAGCAGCAGCAAUUCGGAUGCAGUGCGCACAUUCCUGUCCACCUCGUCCAGCUCCUCGUCGCAACUGGAGCUGCCCAUUGGCAGCGGUGGCAGCAGCAGCAACAACAGUCUGUACAACAGCGGUGGGAAUAAUGGGGCGGUCAGCCAUCAGCAGCAACAGCAGCAGCAGCAACUGCUGCAGGUUCAGCAACAACAGCAACAGCACCAGCACUUGACCACCGAUCAUCUGAGCGACAGCAGUAGCAUCAAGUCAUCGGCUUCCUCAUCGCUGCACGGAGCUGGCAGCAGCUCUUUGAAGACAGUUUCGCCGGUGGAUCCCAGUGCCAUUGAAUCGCCACCGUUGUCGGACGUUGGUUUGCCCAGAACACCGAGUCCCAGUGCUGCCAGUGUGGCCACGCCUCCACUGGCCAGUGGCCCAGCUCUAUCCGGUGGAGAUGUGGCUGGAAUACCACUGAAGUAUCAACGCAAGUCGAAGAGCGGCUCGGAGAAGCACUACAAGAAGAAGUUUUGCGAGCGGAACUGGGAGUACGACUGCGAUGAACUGCUGGCCUACUCCAACUCGAGUGCACCGCCAACAGCAGCUGAUGCGGCAGGCAAUGGGCCACAGAGUCUGGUGGAUACGGCCACUAGUGGAGGAAUCGUUGCUGCUAGUGCUGCUGCUGCACCACUUCAGCUGGGAAAGUCGGGCAAGUCACCGAAGGAGAAAUUAUCGCCUCACCAUAACAGCGGCUAUAAUCAUCACCACAAAUCCUCGAAAUUCCGGCCAAAGGGCAAGGACUGGGACUGGUCGAUGGACAGUCGCAGCCAGACGGGCGACCACAUGCUGCCCCAAAAUAUAAACAACUCCACGACCACCACAACGAGUAAUUAAUUUAGUAAACUAAUUUAGUUCAAUUUUGCUGAAGGAUGACGAAGGACGAAACGAGAAGCAUGAAGGCGGAAGAGCAAGCAACUCGAUUGCCGCUCUUUAGCCAAAUGAAUUGUACAUUUUGGAUCUGCGACUGGAUAUGAUCCCUGUGAAUUAUAUAUAUUGUAUUUAAAUGAAGAUUUUUUGUAAUUUUAACUAAAUGAAUUGUGUACGCAUAUAGCAAACUAAUUUGUAUAGCACAGCUCUCCAUUAUUUGCCUUGUUUUAUUUAAUUAAUCAAUUGCUAGCCACCAGCUCUCCUCCUGUGUGUCACACCAGUGUGUGUUUUUUUCUUUAUUUCCUUGCGAAUUCUAUAAUUAGGCUAGGUUAUAAGUAUAAGGUUGAACCCAAACUGCUGAUGAACAAUGUUACUACUGACUUCUUUAUACUUUAUUAUUAUUAUUAUUAUUAUUGUAUUUAAUUUGCAUUAUUAUUGUUUAUAAGUUGAAAGUGUUUUGUCCUUAGUCCUUAUUAUUAUUAUAAUUUUUUAAAUAAAAUUGUCAACUAAUUGAAAAGGU